CCCCAGUAGGCAUUAAAGCUAGGAUCAGAGUUAUACAUUUUGGGAAGUUAACAAAAUUUUCAGUGAAAACGUUAAAAAAUGCACAAGACCUGGAAUAAGCCGUUCCACAAGCGCAAAGUGUGGCGGACAGUUUCCAGGCCGGGAAAGUUGGUCUAUUAUAUGCAACCGCUGGUCGAUCACUUCUUCGAGAUCUGGAUGCAACCCCUGCCCUUCCCCACGCUCCUCAAGUUCGCCUAUAGCUGCGGCCUGGUCUUCUUUAUCCUUCUACCGAUCCUGUAUCCGUUGCUCGUCCUUCUGCUAUAUUAUGGCAUUUUUCAGUAUGUGGGUGAGCGGCAUACUGGGGUGGCCAUGCCGGAGAACUGGGACCUGUUGGGGGCGGCCGCCAAUCUGUGGCACUUUGAGAUCACCAACAAGAAGUAUCAGCUGUUCGUGACCAUGUACAUAGAUCGCUACCGAGUGAUUAUAACUGCUAUAUCUUCGACAGUGGACUACAUGCGCAUGGCCCUCUGUUUCGUGUUCAGCUAAGUCCGGGCCACAUCCACCACAUCCACGACAUCUACUUGCCGCUGUGGGUCAACGGGUGGUAGGGAUUCUAAUUUCGUUUUAAUUGGAAAUUUGAAGGAUUACAUAAAUGAUUAAAAUAUAUAUUUUUUAAAUUA